AUAUCACAACAGACGACUACUAGCCACCUGCUCAUACGGCUAUGCUCCGUCCUUCUGAGAAAUCGGACUGCUUGGCUCCGCAACCAGUUCACCCGCACCCUCUGCGAUGUGCACCAUUAUUUAUGGGUGCUGGACAUGGUUACAACUUGUCCAACCCGGAGCAAAAACAGGAAGGUUCUGUUACUGAGGAGGUCGGGCAACAGCAGAUUCCUGGAGACAAUUCUCAUUUGGUAAGUUGUUAAACAAGUGAUAGUUGUAAUGGCGACUGAUGAAUUUUUGGAGUAGGUGAAUAGUGGGGGGCUACACGAUCGGGUUAUGGCCUUCGGAACAGUAUAGCCCAUAUUUAGAGGAUGACAUUUGAGAACGAUUUACGAUGCUGAUACUCGAUAGGAGCUGACAAAGUUUACCCAAAUUUACGGGGAGGCUAUUGGAGACUUAUCAUCGAGGAUGGAAACAAACACCGCGGAGAAUCAUGAGAAGCUCCAGUCUGGUUUACAGGCUCUUGAAUCGGAUAUCCUGGUGAAAUAUUGGGGACUUAAGUCAGAUGUAACGAUGGUUAAGUUGGAUAUGUUAGCUAAGUAUCUGGAACUAAAGGCGGAAAUAAGGAACUCCGGAUCAGAUAUGGGGGAAAAAUAUUCAGAUAUUAAAGCCCAACUUGAUGUUCUUUGGAUGUUCUUUGGAUGUGUGUUGGUAUGUGUGUUGGUAUGGUUUUUUGUUAGGUAAUAGGAUGUGUACUAGGUAAAAUAUAGCAACGCGCUUACUACUAAUUCCAUGCUGUGGUCCACUAGGCUGUUCCCUGUAUUGUUUCUCUAAUGAGAUGAGCGCAGAGUUUCCACCAAAAAAUGUAUUUAGGCCCAAUUCCACACAUCAUUCCGG